AUGGUGAAGGCUAAGCUGACCAAGGGUAGGCAAAAGAUUGAGAUCAAGCCCAUCCAAACCAUGAAGGCACGUCAGGUAUGCUUCUCCAAGCGCCGCCCAAGCCUGUUCAAGCAUGCCAGCGAGCUUUCCACCCUAUGCGGUGGAGAGGUUGUUGUUGUCAUAUUCUCCCCUGGUGGCAAGUCCUUCUCCUUUGGCCAUCCCUCUGUUUGCUCUGUUGUUGACCGCUUCCUCACUGCACGGACUUCACAUGGACACACCAUGGAUGGUUGGAACUGUGGUAGUCAUGGCUUGACAGGUACAAGCCAUGAGAUGAAUCAACAGCUUGCGGAGUUACAACAGUCAAUGGAGGCUGAGAAGCAGAGGAAGGAGAAUGUGCAAGAGGCGAUCGAAAGGGAGAGUGGGGGACAUGUGAUGCAACGUUUUAUGUCUGAUGUUGGGAUAUUAGAGCUACAUGAGUUGUUGGCAUUCGAAAAGGAGCUCACUGCAGUACAAGGCAUGCUCGAGAGGAAGGUCCACCAGGUGCUGCAAGAUGCCAAGAAAACAAGAAGACCACCACCACAAUCUCAUAUGCAUAUGUCGCUGUCCUCACAGGUUUUGUUUGGUGAUCAGAGGGGCAGACCCAUGUAUACCACUCUUCCAAGUUCUAGCAAUGGACCACAUGAGGUGCUUCAGGUCAACUCUUUGCUUCAUGGUUCCCUUGGUGGCAUUGGGAAUUGCUUCCAUGUCCAGUUUGGAGGGUAA